AGAUUGUUUUGCUCAGCAAAUCUAACCGGCUAUGGCUUUGCAGCCUUAAAUAAAAUCACCCCGAAAACCAGUCCAUGGUCUGCUGCUAUACUUUCCUUCAAUACAUUCCAGAGAAGAAGCUUGUCCACCAUGGAGCAGCCGCAGGAUGAUUGUGAGGAAGUUGGGCUGUUCUCGCCUCCUCCUAAAGUGCAGGGAAUGACCACACUUGACCGCGAUGCCUUCACCAAAACCAUCCAAGCUCCUGUCAUCAAAGUCAAGAAGGAACUUAUUCAUAUUGUCAUGAAAAACCUAAAGCACAGAAUAUUAAAGAGGCCCAAACUGAAGACAAUCAUCGAGGACCCCAGUGACGAGGACCAUAAAAAGAUUGUGCUGGACCCGUUCUUGGUCACAUCAGAAGAUGCGUUUGAUGAGCGGGACCACGAGUUCUUCAAGAAGUUUCAGAUUAGCCCUCAGAUCUGUCAGGCUGAUCUGCAAGUAACUUAUGACAACUUGAAGACUGAUGAGAUCCUGAAGGCAAUUUUACCCAAAGGCCAGGAUGUCACAACUGGCUUCACCCGUGUAGGACACAUUGCUCACAUGAAUCUCCGGGAUCACCAGCUUCCGUACAAGAAUUUGAUUGGGCAGGUAAUACUGGAUAAAAACCCCGGCCUCACCUCUGUUGUGAAUAAAACCAACAUUAUUGACUCAACAUAUAGAAACUUUCAGAUGGAAGUGUUAGCUGGCGAGGAAAACAUGAUAACCAAGGUGAAGGAAAAUGGUAUCGCAUACGAGUUUGAUUUUUCAAAAGUCUACUGGAAUUCAAGGCUCGGGACAGAGCAUGACAGAAUUACUGGACUCCUAAAGAGCGGAGAUGUGGUGUUCGAUGUGUUUGCAGGAGUUGGGCCCUUCGCUAUCCCUGCCGCUAAAAGAAAAUGCAUCGUCUACGCCAACGACUUGAACCCAGAGUCCUAUAAAUGGCUGCUACAUAACUGCAAGCUGAAUAAAGUGGACAAGAAAGUGCAGCCGUUUAAUGUUGAUGGGCGAGAGUUUAUCAGGACUGUUAUAAAGAAAGAACUAUCAGGAUAUAUCAAGUCCUUCACCACAGAGAGGGAAAACCAUCUCCACAUUGUCAUGAACCUGCCAGCUAUGGCUGUGGAGUUUCUUGAUGCCUUCAGACACCUUCUGGACAUGGAGUAUUGCAGUGAGGACAUCCUGCCAACUGUACAUUGCUAUGGCUUCUCAAAGGACGAUAACCCAGAAAAGGACAUUAGGAAGCAGGCAGAGCAGUAUUUGGGAACCGUGUUGGACAGCUGCUCAGUCCAUCUUGUGAGGAACGUCGCCCCUAAUAAGGAGAUGAUGUGUAUAAGCUUUAAGUUGCCAGCUAAGGUGCUUUUUGCUAACCAGUUAGAUUGUGCAGGUGAACCAGCACUGAAACGAUUCCGGAAAGAUGAAGAAAGCACAGAGAAGGAAUCCACACGGUAG